ACCCUACAGCUGGUGGCUACAGAUUCGCCACACGGAGUGAAAGGACUAAGAAAGUGAUGAAGGCUUCGACAUAGAGGAGGGUUUCCGCGAAGGCUUGAGAAUUGUUUUAUAGUUUUAGAGAGUGGCACACCAAAGACUGCACAGAAUACACAGCCAAAAUGCUCUGUCACGUCACUCGUCCGGAUUCGGUGGUGAUGGAAGUGGAAGUUGAUGCGAAGGCGAACGGCGAAGACUGUCUCAAUAAGGUUUGCAGAAAGUUGGGCAUAAUUGAAGUGGACUACUUCGGGCUGCAGUUCACCGGCAGCAAAGGAGAGAACCUGUGGCUGAAUCUGAGGAAUCGCAUCUGCCAGCAGAUGGAUAACGUGGCGCCCUGUCGGCUGAGGCUGCGGGUCAAGUUCUUCGUCGAGCCCCAUCUCAUUCUGCAGGAACAGACGAGACACAUCUUCUUCACGCACGUGAAGGAGGACCUCCAUAACGGGCACCUGAGAAUGUGCUCAGAACAAGCCGAGGAGCUGAGCGCACUCCUGGCCCAGGCCGAGUUCGGCGACUACAACCAAAACACAGCCCAGUACUGGUAUUCAGAGCUGUGUGGAGAGGAGCCCUGCACUGCCACCCUCAACAGUAUCAUUUCCAGACACAAAGCUCUGGAGGGUUUGAGCCAGGGCUCAGUCGAGUACCAGGCCCUGCAGCUGGUGUCCUCCCUGGAGCAUUACGGCGUGGAGUGGCACUGGGCUCGCGACGCCAGCGGCCAGCGGUUGGCCAUAGGAGUCGGCCCCGAAGGCAUCGCCGUCUGCAAGGAGGACUUUAGCUUAGUCAACAGGAUUAGCUAUCCCAUCAUCCAGAUCGCCACCCAGUCGGGGAAAAGCGUCUACCUGACGGUUACCAAGGACACAAAUGACAGCGUAGUGCUUCUGUACAAGCUGAUCAGCAACCGAGCUGCCAGCGGCCUGUACCGGGCCAUCACAGAGACCCAUGCUUUCUACAGGUGCGACACGGUGACCAACGCCGUGAUGAUGCAGUACAGCCGAGACUUCAAGGGGCACCUGGCUUCGCUCUUCCUCAACGAAAACAUCAACCUGGGCAAGAAAUACGUCUUCGACAUCCGGCGCACCGCCAAGGAGGUGUACGACCAGGCCCGCCGCGCCCUCUACAACUCCGGCGUCGCCGAGCGGGUGUCCCGCUCCGGGAGCGGGGACCGCUCCUCGCCCUCGCGCUCCCCGAGCAGGGACGAGCAGCAGGACGAGGGGCCGGACUGCGGCAGCUGCCAGCAGAGCCGAGCCCUGCAGGAGCGGCUGCAGAAGCUCCGAGAGGCGCUGCUGUGCAUGCUGUGCUGCGAGGAGGAGAUAGAUGUGGCGUUCUGCCCCUGCGGCCACAUGGUGUGCUGCCAGAACUGCGCGAACCAGCUCCAGCUGUGUCCCGUGUGCCGGUCGGACGUGGAGCACGUGCAGCACGUCUACCUGCCCACAUGCACCAGCCUCCUGAACCUGACGCUGACCGACAACCACCAGCACCGCAGCAACAUCCCGGCGCCCAUCCACAGAGACAUGGCCUCCCCUCACAGCUGCACCACCAACGACUACGAACACAAGCUCUACCACACAUGAAGGGCGCGCCACCAAAACUCCACCAAGACUCCACCAAGACUUUGGAGCCGCACCAGUCAGAUUUCAGAAACGUGGAGCGUCUCUCGUUCAUUCCUGCCUGGACUUAACCCACUACCAAACUGAUAGAAACUCCUGAGCGCGAUCAAAGACAUUCAGACUCCUCUCUCAGCUUUGUUUGUGUGUGUGUGUUUUUUACUUUUAAUGUUCGUUUCCUUUGGGCCGUCAGGUUGGUCCUCAGUAUUUUUUUUUUUUUCUCUUUUUUUUGCUGUCGACCUUGUGCCAUUCUGUCCAAAUUGUGUUUUAAACACCGACAACAAUAUGAUUUUUAGAUGAUCUUCUUAAUUAAGUUAUUGCAUCAGUUGAUCUGAUACAGAAUUUUGAGUUUGUGUUUUGUUUUAUUUGCUCCAUAUCAGGCUCCUAGCCCCAGAUCUUGAACCAUAUUAGUAAAUCUCAACACUGUGCAUAUUUUUUUAUAUAUAUAUAUUUAGCUUGAAUUCAUUUUAAAAGUUCUGUUUUGAUCUAAGAGCUGAAUUUUAUGCUUUAUGAGUGAAAUGCAUUUCAUUUGUUCAUGUUCCAUGCCAAUGAGGAGGUAUUUAGAGGCUUAGCAGUACUGCUCCUGAACACAGCGCUGCAUACCAAUUAGUCCCGUUAGGUAAUGAGGCUACAGUGGCCUUGUUCAUGCAAUCCUGGGGUCCGGUUGACGGCUCUUUAAGCUCAACAGAACUCCAACUUGGUAACACUCCUUCAAACUCUCUCUCGCCUCAAAACCGGUCUAGAUUAUUAACGGCCGCUUUGUCCAAAAUGAGAAGCCUGGUUUCAUCAACUGCUCCACGUCAUCUUCACCUUUUUAUUGGGAUGGAGAUGAAGAUGAAAACUAGCAGCUGCUUCCUCUGAAAACCUCUGAACCUCUUCUCUGGGGUGCACUAGUGAGCUCUUUUUGAUAUAUUUUAAAGGGUACUAGGAGAUCUGUACGUGCAAUACUCGCUCGCUUUUCAUUUAUAUUUAAUUUCAAAGACUAUAUUUAAACAAAAGAAGAAGAAAAAAAAACAGCAAAACAACAUUGUCACUUUACCAAGGAAGUUUUCCACUCGUCUGUAGAGGGUUUGGCCUUAUUGUAGCAGCAACACAAAUUACACAUUUUUUCACCGACUUUUAUUUCUUUUCUGGUAGGAAAAGGAAAAUUUUGUUUCUUUUAUGCUGAUACAGUCAAGCUCUGUCACUGCAGGUGAAGACUUUAUUUUUCACAUUGUACAAGUAGUGAUUUGUUUCUGUUUUCUGAAGCAAAUGCCACUAUGCUCUGUAAAAUAACUCGAAUAACUAGAGUGAAAUCCUUUUUUUAUAUAUAUAUUCUGCCUUUAACAAAAGAGAAAGUAUUAAUAAAGUUUUUUUUUUAAAAUAAAAAAACUCAAAACAAA